CUCCAGCUGGGUCAAACAUGGCCAAUCCAGGAGAGGUCACAGUGCAGUAUGUGGUAGUGAAGUCGGUGGAGAAAUUGUCAGAGGUCGUGAAGAGCAAGUGCGGCACCAGCAAAGAUUUCUGGUUCGGCACAUUUCCAAGCUCCGAGCAUGAGGAACUUGCCAACAAGUUGUCCUCAAUACAGGUGGGCCCGUUUUGGGCCGCCGAAGCCUUCACCCAUUGUUACGCCGCUCCGUCGGAGGAUGCCCAGGCGGACUUCACCAGGUUAUACCUUCAACUGGGUUUGGGACAGCGAAGCUCCAAGCCUGCCAGGAGAUAUAAAGCCAGUGGCCUCGUGUAUGUUCUUCUGAAUCUCACAGGCUUUUCCAAGUUGUACAAGCACAACAUGCGCAUGGCAGCUGCUGCGAAGACCGCGCGCAAGGCCAAGUCCUCAGGGAAGCGAAAGCACAAGGAAGCCAGGCCAAUAAAUGCUGAGAAGCUUUUGGAGGAAGCAGAGACAUCCCUCGCGGACUGGGUGACCUCAAAGAAGCCAAGGAUUGAAGUGAUCAGCGAUCCGUUGGCCAGCGAAUGGCCCGACCCACGCGUAGCGGUGGCCAGUUCCAGCUCUUCAAGGCCACAUCCUCAAAGCCACGCGGAGAAGCUAGAUCUGCACCGGCGGCAGGUCAUGGUGAUCCAAAAGAGACUAGAAGAAUUGCUGCCGAGUCUACCAUUUGAUGAGCUGUCUACAAGCCUUGCAUUGUCGAAGUUGGAGGAAUCCAUGCGGAAGCGGAAGGGCAAGUUUGAUGCCUUCAGCGCUGAUGUUGAGCGGGUGAUCAUCUCAUUCGUCAACAAGACUGCGGCAGCCAAAGCAGCUGCCGAUGCGAAGAAGCCACCAAAGGCAUCGGCCAAGACCAAAGCGUGCGCAGCAUCAGCACCGAAGGAGUGGCCGGCAGCGUCUUCAGCAGCUGCGGAGCGGGCCAUGGCGGCCAUGACAUCUGGCGGUGAGCAUGACAGGGCUUCGUCCGAGCCGGAAGACGUGCAGAAGCUGCACGAACGUGUGCCAGUGCCACAGGAGGGUCCCGAGUCGGUGCACACAGAGGAGAGCCAGGUGAAGGAAGGCCCGAGUUCCGCCUCGAAGACUUCUUCCGUUCUGCCGACCGUGGAGAUCGAGGAGGUGGAAGAAGUGGAGAUUUUGGACGACACGACAGCGGAAGCAAACGCGGAAGCAGACGCGGAAGCAGACGCGGAAGCAGAGGUGGAUGAGUGCGGCUUCCAGUUGGCCAUGAACGAGCUGCGGAAUGCCACAGGUCCCGCUGAUGCUAUGGCGGUCCUGAAUGCACUUCAGAACUCGCAGCCCAGCAGGGAGCUCUUGUCGUGGGGUGCUUGGGAGGCAAUGUUGGCCGCCCGUGAGCGCAUGACCCAGUACGUACGCGUGGCUCGCCUUUGCCGCAAACUCCGUGAUCGUUGGACGGCUUUGGACACAGCUGGGCACCGCUAUGGCCGCUAUGGAACGGCCCAACCUCGGGUGAUCGAGCGGCCUGAGGCGGCCAAGGAGACCGCUGAAAAAGAGAUGGGGAACACGUGCGCAGAGGAGAAGCGACAGGCAGAGGAGGAGAAACGACAAGCACGCGUUCAAAAAGAGGAAGAGAGGAUCAGGGCCUUGCGUGAACGGCAGCAGAAGGAUGCCAUUCGCGAUCAGAGCGUGAACGAUGCCAAACGUUUGCGCUGGCAAGCUUGGGAAACGGAGCAAAUUGAAAGGACUCCCAACUAUUGCUCCGCCGGCUUCGCUCCUAAGGCUGAGUGGAUCGCAGAGUUGCGCGAGUCCAAACGAAAGGAGAACCGAGCUCAGAAAAUGGAUGCAUCGGAUGAGAUUCGGGCACCAAUGAGGACGAACUAUAUGGAGAAGUUGAUUGAUACCUCCGUAUGGCAGUGUCCGACUUGCACCUUGCUCAAUGAUGAAGGACUUCUUGCUUGCGAUGCGUGUGGCUGUCCAGCUGACAUGCAUGCACAGCGGGAUGUCGAUUAUGGUCGCCCUGAUGAGAACACCUCAGCUCCGCGCUUGGCAGGUUGGUUGCAGCAGAAUGGUUUGGAGGCAGAGUACGGGGAAAAGCUUGAAGAGCAAGGCUACACUCUCGAAGACCUGAUCGAAGCCGAUCCCAAAGAUGUGGAGGAGAUGCUGAGAAUGAUCCACGCCAAGCCAGGCGCGAUCCUCGACGCGGUGCGCGGGGUGGACCAGGCGAUCCUUGUCGAUGCCUCCCGGCCGAAGCUCGUUCGGCCAAAAGGAGAUGAGAGCCGGGUGCGCUUCAGAGAGGACGUGGGACCCAAGUUCAAGGAAGGCGACUCGGUGGAGUACAGGAGUGCCAGUACCGGCUGGAUCCCGGCCAAGGUCCUGAAAGUGAAGGGCGACCUCUAUGAUUUGGACUGCAAACAAGAUGUACCUCCUGAUAGAAUGCGCAUGACCAAGGACUCGGAGAGUGCUUUCAGCUCUGGUGAUUUGGUGGAAUACUUCAGCGCCAGUCAGGGCAAGUGGAUCCCGGCGAAGGUCCUGCUUCGAAAGCAGGAUCGGAGACUGGAUUUGGAUUGCAAGCAAGAUGUCGUGAUCACGAACGUCCGAAAGCCAGAUGUCACCGCUGCUACGUCCUUUGCGCCUGGCGAUCACGUGGAAUAUUACAGCUCCAGCCAGGCCAAUUGGAUCUCAGCCACCGUGCGGGCCGUGAAAGCCGGUCGCAUUGACCUGGACUGCAAGCCAGACGUCCUGCCCGAACACGUGCGGCGACCUCUACCACCACCUGGAUCUGAACCUUUGCCCACUCUCUUGGAGCAAGGCCAAGCCGUCGAAUACUUCGGCGCCAAGCUACAACGUUGGAUUCCCGCCAAGGUGCUGAAGCGGAACUCCGAUGGCACCUACGACUUGGACUGCAAAACCAAUGUGCAACCUGCAAAGGUGCGAAGGCUGAAGUCGGCCUCGCUGGAAAGCUCGCCCUCGAGUACCGUCACAUUGGCCCCCUACAAGGAGGGUGACCGGGUGGAGUACUUCAGUGGUUCACAGAGCAGGUGGAUCCCUGCAAGGGUCCUGGGCGUGACGCCGGAGGGCAGAUUUCAUUUGGACUGCAAGUCCGAUGUUCCCGCUGAGAAGAUUCGACCACCAUCCAAAAAGACAUUGGACUACCAGGUGGGAGACGUGGUGGACUACUUCGGAGCUUCCAAGGGCCUUUGGAUCUCGACGAAGGUUCUGAAGAUCAACGAGGAUGGCACAUUCGAUCUCGCAUGCAAACCACGCGUGCUGCCAGAGAACAUGAGGAAAGCGGUUUCCACGACGGAGGCGUUGGAGAAAGGUCCCGUCUUCAACCUUGGAGACUCCGUGGAAUACUUCGGGGUGAGCCAGAACCGAUGGAUCCCAGCAAAGGUGGUCUCCAUGACCAGUGCAGGGAACUACAACCUGGAUGUGAAACAGGAAUCUGGAUCUGGAGGGGACAUCGAUGGGAGUGAUGAGAUUGAUUAG